AACAACAUGACUUGAACAUCCAAGUCACGACUAAUAACUUCACCUGGGUGACUUAAUAGGUACCUACCAGGUAGUUGAGGGCUUCCGAAGCUACCGUGCUCCCGCCACCAGUAUGCAAGUUUUUGCAUCUCUGGGUUGAGAUUAACUAAUCUCGUCUCUAUGACAACUUAGAAAUUGCUGGUGUCAUUCGACAUACCCAGGUCCAACCCUAGUCAUGGCCGGAGGCAUCCCAGCAAAUGAUGGGUCACAAGGUGUGUCGGAUGCCUCAAGAGAUGGGGAAAUAUUAUACAACUACCACCAAUUACACAUGUCGCUCGACAAAGACGUAGACGCUGUCUUCUGUUUGUGUAGCCUUGAUCCACGCGUGGCAGUGCGCGCUGCCCAGCUCUUCCUUGACGGAUACGGAAGAUAUCUCAUAUUCGCUGGUGGAGUUGGAAGGCUGACUAAAGGUCGUUAUGAUAAACCGGAGGCUGAAGUUUUCGCCGAUAUAGCUCUUGAGAUGGGUGUUUCGAAGGAAAAGCUUCUUGUAGAGCCUCUCUCAACAAACACCGGCGAGAACAUUCGUUUCACAUACGCGCUGCUCCAAGAAAGAGGGCUCCAGCUCCAGUCCUUCUUGCUUGUUCAGAAACCGUAUAUGGAAAGACGUACAUACGCGACCUUCAAGAAGCAAUGGCCAGAUCCCAACACGAAGAUUACCGUCACAUCACCUCAAUUCAAAUGGAACGAAUAUCCGAAUGAGAGUAACCCAGAGAAUCUAGUUAUCAACAUUGCUGUUGGUGAUUUGAUUCGCAUUCGGGAAUAUCCGCUGAAGGGCUUUCAGAUUCCUCAAGAUAUCCCCGGCAAUGUCUGGGAAGCAGCUCAACGACUUAUCCGCGCUGGUUAUAAUAGUCAUCUCCCUUGAAUAUAACGACAUAUAGUUGAUCAAAUGUGACCCUAUUAGCUACUUAACUCUAAGAGCCUCUCAUCUUUCUAUACAAGCCUACCCAGGCGAUAAACCUAUUCCCAAGGGUUUCUUAAUAUUAUUAUUGAGACAUCUGGCCACUUAUCUAAAAAUGAAUAGAAGCUAAACAGUUGACAGGUAACAUCCUUAGUCGGAAUACUAACCCAACAUACCCACUUCUACCGAACAGAGGCACCAUCUGGUCCGCGCUGUACCGUAACCAUAGCGACACCAUUCAAAAUAUUAGACUUCCUGAAAACAUAAAGAUAACUCAAACAUUGCCAGAAACUUACCGGUGCGUGUCAUCAGACCCGAACACCAAAGAUAGCAGAAGAUACUACGAAAACAUUACAAAUCAUCACAAAGG